AAAUCUUUUUCAUUGAAGUUAGAAAAAUACUUUUCCCCAAAACGUGAAAUUGAUAAUUUGAAAAAAAGGGAAAAUGGUAUUUUUCUUCACAACAAAUGUUACAUCCCCACCUCACACUAUUUAUAUGGGUCUGGAUAAACAUGAAAAUGAAGACUUAAUUAAAUGGGGAUUCCCUGAGGAUGUAUGGUUCCAUGUAGAUAAAGUAUCCUCAGCCCACGUCUACCUCCGACUACAUCCAUAUGAGACAUUAGAUGAUCUACCACAAACAGUGAUAGAAGAGUGUGCUCAAUUAGUUAAAGCCAACAGUAUAUCAGGAAAUAAAAUGAACAAUGUAGAUGUAGUUUAUACAAUGUGGGACAAUCUAAAAAAGACAGGUGGUAUGGAUGUAGGUCAAGUUGGCUUCUUCAAAGAUAAAGAGGUGCGGAAAAUCAGAGUAGAAAAAAGAAUGAAUGAAAUUGUAAAUAGACUUAAUAAAACAAAAACAGAAAGAACAGUAGAUUUACGUGCAGAGAGAGAGCAAAGAGAUAGAGAAGAAAGAGAAGAUCAGAAGAAAAAAUUACUAGAACAAAGAAAAAGAGAAAAGGACGAUGAUGAUAAAAAGAAAAAGGAUGCUGAAACUAGAUCUUACGACACACUUAUGAGGCCAGAAAAUAUGACAUCAAAUUUGGAUGCUGAUAAUGACUCUGAUGAUUUUAUGUGAGGACAAUUUUUGAAACUACUCAAUGUCUUUCAUCCAGCUUUGCUAUUCUCUGUUGAAAAGGAAAAUGGUAUCCGAGUAAAUUUGAAUAACAUAGGUAUGCCAAUCAUGGCAUCUUCGAAAUUAAAAAUCAGAUUGUAUCUACAAGAAAAAGACAGAGUUAAACAUUA